AUGUCGACCUCAGUCAGGCAACGCACCACCUCCACUCAAUCCCCGGCUCCCUUUCCCCCUCCAUCCAGCUCGGCCCCCCUCCCCGUACCGAGCUCCAUCCUUCCCUCUACGCCCCUGAACCAACCAAAUGGCUCCCUACCCAACACCCCUCUCGCCAUAUCCUUCAUAUCCGCCGUACUCGCCACUCUGGUCGUCGUUCCCCUGACAUACGUGGUGCAGCCGUACCUCGUCUCCCUCGGUUCGGCGGGGUGGGGAUGGGCGAGACCGCAAUUGGGAGCGUACCUCGCUAGUGUCGGCGUGUUCCAUCUGUUAGAGUUCUGGGUGACGGCGGGCUGGAACCCUGCGAAGCUGAGUGUGGACUCGUUCUUGAUCAAUAAUGGAGCGGGCUAUCAUGCUGCGCACGUUGCGGGCCUGGUGGAAUACUUCUUGUCGUCAUACUUCUUCCCGGGGAAGUAUACAGGGAUCCUCUCGUCCCCACUAUACCUUGUCCCUGUCUUCGCUAUCCUGAUCCUCGCUCAGACUUUCCGAUCGUUAGCGAUGAUCCACGCGAACCACUCCUUCUCCCACGUCGUCAAGGCUGUCAAGCACGACGAUCACGUCUUGAUAACCAACGGAGUAUAUGCCUGGGUCCGGCAUCCUUCCUACGUUGGCUUCUUCUGGUGGGCUAUUGCAACCCAGCUCCUUCUGGGCAACAUCGCUUCGACCCUGGCUUUCGUCUACGUUCUCGGCCGGUUCUUCUACUACCGCAUCAUCAACGAAGAGAGACAUCUCGUUCGGUUCUUCGGGAAGGAUUACGUCGAGUAUCGCAAAAGGGUCGGAACGGGACUGCCAUUCCCCAUCCCCACGAACCAGGAAUGA